AUAAAAAUGGAAAAUCAGAAUGCCACCAUGACAUCUUUUGCCCUUCUGGGAUUUUCAUACAGCAUUACAAUCAAUACUUUCCUCUUCUUGGUAUUUUUGCUUAUGUAUAUCCUAACCUUAUUGGGAAAUAUCAUAAUUUUGGUAAUCACCAGUCAUCUCCAAAGUCCCAUGUACUUUUUUAUCAUGCAUCUUGCUUUCAUUGAUAUCUGUUUUUCUUCCAUCACUGUGCCAAAGCUGCUGGUGAUUUUCUGGGCAGGACAGGCUAUUUCUUACUCUGGAUGCUUUAUUCAGAUGUUUUUUGUCUUUGUCACAGGAAGCGCUGAAGAUUAUGUCCUUGCUGCAAUGGCCUAUGACCGAUAUGCUGCCAUUUGCAAGCCCCUCCAUUAUGUUCAAAUUGUGAACAAAGCAUGUUGUAGGUGGCUAGUGGGUGGAGCAUGGGCAAUUGGUUUCUUAUGUGCCAUGAUAAAUAUAUUACCUGCUUUGAAAUUAGAGUUCUGUGGAUCAAAUUUCAUUAGGGAUUUCAGCUGUGAAUUUCCAUCUGUGCUUGCAUUAUCUUGCACAGAAACAUCCUCCAAUUGGAUGGCAUUUCUGAUAUCUGGUGGGGCUGUUUCUGGUUGUUCAUUGAUCAUCAUUCUUGUCUCCUACAUCCAUAUCAUUUCAACUAUCUUAAAGUUGAACUCAGCAGAAGCAAAAUGGAAAACGUUCUCUACCUGUAGUUCUCACAUUAUUGUUGUGGUUUUGUAUUAUGGCACUGCCUGCUUCAGGAAUAUGAGGCCCAGCUCAGUUUCCUCAAUUAUUGUUGAUGAACUCUUCUCUAUUCAAUAUAAGAUUUCAACACCCAUGCUGAACCCCCUUAUCUACAGCCUGAAAAACAGAGAAGUUAAGGAAACCAUUAAAAAAUUAAUGGGUUACACAACCUUGUAA